GGUCCAGUUUUUCACGACCAACCUACUGAAGCACUGAAAAGAUCUGCGUUGAGGAGACAUUACACCGCCCUAACGACACAAUCUGCACUGUAUGAUACAUUAACAUAGUUUAAAGUGACUACAAGGACUACAAGACAUAGCGCAAUGAUGAUGGAGCAUGAUAGUGAGAUACUGUUAGACAUUGAAGAUAAAGAGCUCUCACCGAGGAGGAACUACUCUUCAAAGUCAGGCAUGUGGAGGAUCUGUGGAGCUCUCCUGGCUGUGGCCCUUUGUGCCGCCGCUGCCGUCUGCUUCACAUUCAAUAAGGAUCAGAGCGGUCAGGGUGACGGAAGAGACCUGAGACACAUGUUGAGAGCCGCUCCACAGCAAGGAAAUAUUACCACAAAGCAUGCCAUACAUUUAACAGGAGUUGACAUUGAGGGAAAAUCAAUAGAGUGGAAAAGGUACCAGGAUCAGGCGUUCUCCCAAGGUGGUCUGGAAUUAAAAAACAAUAAAAUCAUCAUUCCCGAAGAUGGUAUAUACUUUGUCUACAGUCAGGCGUCUUUCCACUUGACCUGCAAGUCUAAUUCCGUCGAUCCUGAAGACCACGAGGUCGAGCAUUUGAGCCAUGCAGUGAUGCGAUACUCUGACUCGUAUUCAGACGACAAAGCUCUCUUCAGUGCUAUGCGUUCUGCAUGCGUCCAGGUGCCUGACAGUGAAAUGUCUUGGUAUAACACAAUAUACCUCGGUGCGGCCUUUCAACUCCGUGCCGGAGACGAAUUGUCCACCAAGACCUCCUAUUCUUCCGCGUCGCGCAUCGAAAGUGGCGACGGGAAAACCUUCUUUGGAGCAUUUGCUUUAUGAACAUGAAACAAGCACAUGAAAAACGAGGACAUUGGAAGAGAUUUCAAAAUGGACAACAAAAUGUCAAACCUCAAGUUUCAACAACUGAACUUGCUUUGACCUCUAGUAUAUGUUUUAUGUUAAAACACGACUCGAAGAAUAAAAAAUUUGAGAUUGAUGGGUCCAUCAGCAAGAUCAAGUGCAAGAAUGUGAUAAAGAUAUUUAAUUAAUAAUGUUAUUUUAAAUGUAUUUAUUUAUUUAACUAUGUAUGUAUUUAUUUAUUUAUUUAAUAUUUGAAGAAUGUCAAAUGCACUGCUACUGUAAUGAAAUGAAAUGUAAAAAUGUAAUAAACAAAUCUAUAAACAUA